CUAAAGACACGCACGAAGGCAAACAAAGCACUUCCUCGAAGUUGAUGCUCAUAUGACUACUUCAUAGCAAUGCGAGUUAUGUCUGCAGUAACUCUGACUCUCUUUUAUGCCGUAAUAUGUUGUUCCUUGACAGAAAAGCCACCAAAUGUUUCACCUCCAAACAUUAUUAUCAUGCUCAUGGAUGACAUGGGUUGGGGGGACUUGGGGGUGUUUGGCCAGCCCUCUAGAGAGACCCCCAACCUGGAUGCCAUGGCUGCUCAGGGCAUGCUGCUUCCAAAUUUCUACACUGCCAACCCGCUCUGUUCUCCAUCCAGAGCUGCACUUCUCACUGGGAGACUGCCUGUCAGAAACGGUUUCUACACCACUAAUGCCCACGCCAGAAACGCAUACACACCACAGGAGAUAGUGGGAGGAAUCUCUAAGGAUGAGAUUUUGUUACCCCAGAUGCUGAAGAAAAAGGGCUACGUCAGCAAGAUAGUUGGAAAGUGGCAUCUUGGCCACAGACCACAGUACCUGCCUCUGGAGAAUGGUUUUGAUGAAUGGUUUGGUGCACCAAACUGCCACUUUGGCCCCUACAACAACAGCAUCAGACCCAACAUCCCUGUUUACAACAAUUCUGAGAUGGUUGGCAGAUUCUAUGAAGACUUUAAGAUUGACAGGAAAACUGGAGAGUCCAACCUCACACAGAUCUACUUGUUGGAAGGUCUUGAUUUCAUACUCCGUCAGACUGAGGCCCAGCGGCCCUUCUUCCUCUACUGGGCAGCCGACGCCACUCACGCCCCUAUCUAUGCCUCCAAACAUUUCCUAGGGAAGAGCCAGCGAGGCCGGUAUGGUGAUGCAGUGAUGGAGCUAGACUACAGCGUCGGUCGGAUCUUGUCAGGGCUGCAGACUCUAGGCAUUGAAAAUAAUACCUUUGUCUUUUUUACCUCAGACAACGGAGCUGCUCUGAUGUCCGGCCCAAACGAAGCUGGCAGCAAUGGGCCAUUCCUCUGCGGGAAGGAGACCACCUUUGAAGGGGGCAUGAGGGAGCCUGCCAUUGCCUGGUGGCCUGGACACAUCAAAGAAGGCACGGUGAGUUUCCAGUUGGCCAAUGUGAUGGACCUGUUCACCACCAGUCUGGCUCUGGCUGGCAUCAGCCCUCCUGAUGAUAGGACUCUUGAUGGACUGGACCUGACAUCAGUCCUGCUAAACCCCUCACAAACACUCCAAAACAGGCCAAUCUUCUACUACCGUGGGAAUGAGCUGAUGGCUGUGAGGCUUGGACAAUACAAGGCACACUACUGGACCUGGAGCAACUCAUGGGAGGAGUUGAAAAGCGGUGUCAACUUCUGUCCAGGUCAGGAGGUCCCAGGUGUGACUACUCACGAUCAAAAAGAGCACACAAUGCAGCCAAUCAUUUUUCACCUGGGUCGGGAUCCUGGGGAAAAGUUCCCUAUCAGUGUUUUGACUAAGGAGUACCAGGAUGUGCUGAGCAGGAUCUCCCUAGUUGUGGAGCAGCAUAAGAAGACUCUGGUGCCCGGUAUUCCCCAGCUCAACAUGUGUGAUGUGGCUGUGAUGAACUGGGCCCCUGCAGGCUGUGAGAAGUUAGGAAAGUGUCUCAAAGUGCCCAAGUCUGAGCCCUUGAAGUGCGACUGGCCACACUAAGAGCAAAACUGAUGAACCAGAUGUGAAGAUGAGGAAGCAAAACCUGAAGAUGUGCCUUUCUACAAAGCAACAAACAUCCCUAUGUUUACUUAUGUUUUUGAAUUCUUUGUAAAAUGGUUUAUGUACAAUUUUAAAAAGAAGGACAUAGGGUAAAACCAAGGGAAUGAUUUUGGUAUAACUACAUUACAUUGAUAAUGCAAACAGCUUUUACAGCUGUGAUUUUAAUGAGCCAACACAACUUCUACCUGUUCUAGAUAAAUGCAUCAAGAGUCAGAGGUUUAAGUCAUGACUAAUUUUACUGAUUUACAGAAAGGGAAAUGUUUUAAUUCUGUUCAUAUAAAGUAAUUAAGUAUACAGUGUUGGAUUAUUGGAUUCAUUCUGUAUCCAUUUUACAUGUAUACUGCAAAAUGUGGUUUUUAAUAAAGUUGUUUUUAUUA